UAUAUUAAACAUGGGACCUUGUGGAUGAUCUUGUGGGUGAUCUUGUGCUGUGAUGUGAUGUCUGUGAUAGGACAGAGCCACUGUCGAAGCUCUCACCUUCAGACCAUCAGUGUAACCGUUGCACUUGACUCUGAUGCUCUCCUGCCAUGUGACUUCAACCAAAACCUGCUGCAAGAGGCGCGGAGUGGAGAUGUGGCUGUCGUAUGGACGCACGGCACUAUGAAUAACCUGGUGGAGAUCAAGCUGUCAGGGAAACCCUCAUACUGGGAUCACAGAGGGGGCCGAGUGAGAACCUUCCAGAAAAUGCCUGGGAACUUCUCCCUUCUCAUCAGCCGGGUCAAGGAGUCUGAUCUGGGCCGGUACCGCUGUGAGCUGUUCGACGGGUGGAAUUGCAGCAUAGCCUAUGAAGUAGUGGAGAUCAGACAACUCAUCUCAGGUACCAGCACACUUCAGAGCUGCAUUGUAGUGGUGGUGCUCAAUAUGUAA